AUGAUGGCGGAGCCACGCCGGGUGCCGUUCAUUAGUCUGUCACCCGUGAGGCGGCGAGAAGGCGAGACCCCGGUGUUCGAGCGAGAGCCUGGAGGGAUUCGCGAGGUAGAGCAGCCAUUGGUGCGUGAGGCCCUAAAGCUGCCCGAGCAGCAACACCACGAUAGCUGUCGGACGGAGCCGCCACCGCUGCAGCCGUUCGAAACCUGUCCUCGGACGGAGCCCCAGUUAUUGCCUUUGCUGCCACGCGAGAUCGGUCGGCCCGAGCCGAAGCCGCUGCUGCAACCUCAGCGCGAACCCCCAAGGCCAGAGCCGCCGCCCCCGCCGCCGCCACACCAGCAAUUACCGCACGAAAGCAACCGGCAGGAGUCGCCGCCGCCGCCGCCGCCGCCGCCGCCGCGUCAGACAGUCCGCCUGGAGUUGGUACUGAAAGAUCCCACUGAGGAGAGCUGCGUGGAGUUCAGCUAUCCCGAAUUGCUGUUGUGUGGUGAGCCCCGGAAAAAGUCCACAGUGGUUGAUCCAUUUAAUGAUGAAGAGCGUGAGCAACAUGAAGUGGAAAUGCUGGCUAAGAAGUUUGAAGCAAAAUAUGCAGGAAAGACUCACAAGCAUCGGAAGGACCGCCUUCAGGAUCUCAUUGACAUAGGCUAUGGCUAUGAUGAAACUGAUCCUUUUAUUGAUAACUCAGAAGCUUAUGAUGAACUGGUUCCUGCAUCAUUGACUACAAAAUAUGGAGGCUUUUACAUAAACACUGGAACUCUGCAGUUCCGCCAGGCAUCUGACUCUGAGGAGGAAGGCUUUACAGAAGGCAAAAAGCAUAGGCCAUCUAAAGUAGCUAAACUGAAAGAUGGUGAGGACCGUGGAAUGAAGAAGCGCAAACGGAAAGAGGAAGAGGCAGAGAAGGAGAAAAAGCCACGAAAGAUGAAAGUUUCUAAGCAGCUGGGAGUGGUGGCCUUAAAUUCACAUAAAUCUGAAAAGAAAAAAAAGAAGCAGUACAAGGAUUCAUUCUCAUUGUCUGCUAUGAUUCAAAAGUUGCAGAAGGAAGAGGAAGCUUUCAGGAAGAAAGAAGUGACUCAGAAUUGCACCGUGGCUGUUUCCAACUCUGCACCCAAUAAACUCCCAGCUGCCCCAGCCACUGCUGGAAGUGACAUCUCUGACUUGAACCUCAAUGUUACAGACCUUUCUAUUUUUGGCUGCACAAAUGAGCAUGAGCUCCUGCAGGAAACCGAAAGUGCCCUAGAGAUCCUGGGAGAUAUUGACUUGGAUAGGCUGCUUGAUGGUGCCUCCAAUGGCAGCCCAGUUUCUGAACCAUCUGGGGAAAAUGGAAGUUCCACUCAUCCAUCUCAUCCCUCUGAGAUCCUGACAUUGAAACAGGUCCCUGCCCUCCCAGAACGUCUGCCAGCACAUCUGGAAAAGCGCAUUGAAGAUCUUAGAAAUGCUGCCAAGCUCUUUGAUGAAGAAGGUAGAAAGAAAUUCUUCACACAGGACAUGAACAAUAUCCUGCUGGAUAUUGAGCUGCAGUUACAGGAAUUGAGUCCUCACAUCUGCAAUGGAGUGUACUCUCACCUCGAGGCUUUCGUGCCAUGCAAUAAGGACACAUUGAUAAAACGUUUGAAGAAGCUUCACCUCAAUGUUCAGGAUGACUGCUUGAAGGAACCAUUGCAAAAACUGAAAUUGGCUGUCAGCAAUGUCAUGCCUGACCAGUUAUUCAAAUACCAGGAGGACUGCCAGGCCCACAGUCAGGCCAAGAAUGCCAAAUUGCAGGCAGAAGAUGAACGAGAAAAGAAUGGCUCAGAAGAGGAAGAUGAUGAGAAGCCAGGAAAGAGGGUUGCAGGACCAAGAAAGAAAUUCCACUGGGAUGAUACAGUGAGAUCCUUGCUUUGUAACCUUGUCAAGAUAAAACUGGGAUGCUAUGAGUUGGAACCAAACAGAAGCCAGUCUGCAGAAGAUUACCUCAAGACCUUUAUGGAGACAGAGGUUAAACCACUGUGGCCUAAAGGUUGGAUGCAAGUUAGGAUGCUCUUUAAAGAAAGCCGGAGUGUUCAUAAUCAUCUUACAUCUGCUCCGGCAAAAAAGAAAGUGAUUCUUGCACCUAAACCCAAAGUGAAGGACACUAGUCCAAAGAAGGAGCAGAGAAGCUCUACCGCUUUUAUGUCAUCUUGUGUUCCUGCUUCAAGUACCACCAUAUCUGUCAGUGGCCUGGCUAGUUCUAGCUGUAAUCUAACUCCAGAGACAAUUUGCCUGGAUGAUUCACUGGAUGAAGACCUCUCCUUCAAUCCACCUUCACUAGAUUCUAUUUCUGAUGCUCUGGCUGUUAUUAACAAUGGAGCUAAAAAUUCUCCUGUUGGAACCUCUGUAGAAACACCAACUUCAAGACCUCGGCCUGGGUUGAGAGAAGAAAAGUUAGCAAGUAUAAUGAGCAAGUUACCUCUGUCAUCCUCAAAAAAGAUUGAGGCCGUUCAGACGCCACACUCCUCAAGUCUUAUAGCUGGGCACACAGCACCAGUACCAAAGAAAUCCCAAGAUUUGCUUCAGACUGGUAUAUCUUCAGGUCUUAUUGCUGGAUCUUCAAUUCAGAACCCCAAGGUUUCCUUGGAGCCUUUGCCAGCCAAACUUCUACAACAAGGAUUACAGAGGUCAAGCCAAAUUCAAGCUGCUUCCUCUUCACAGGCCCAUAUUUCUUCCUCCUGUAAAGUCCAAGCCACAACUACCCCCGCUUCACAGAGGCCCAAGGAUACGACUGUCCUCAUAACCUCUUCAGAAGGCCAAAGUUGCGGCUCUUCAACUUUACAAAUAACCAAGGUUCACCAGCAGUCGGCUGCCCAACAAAAAUAUGUGUCACCUCUACAAGCAACUAUUAGUAAAUCUCAAACAAACUCUGUUGUGAAAUUAAGUAGCAAUCCCAGACUGUCAUGUUCAUCUCCAGUUACCAAGACUUCAGAUAAACAAGUAGUAUAUCGCCUUCCUUUGCCUAACACCACCUCUGGAAGUAGUUCUCAAAUGGCUCACCCACUUGUGUCUCGAACAACGUCCAGUACCUCUACCUCUAGUAACUAUUUAACCAAGGCCAUGGUAUCGCAGGUUUCUGCCCAGGGUUUCAAGCCUCCUUUCUCCAUGGCUCCCUCCCCCAAACUUGCUCCCUCUCCCAAGCCCACAGCAUCCAAGCCUCCUGUAACAUCCAAGCCUACUACAUCACCUAAAUUGUCAUCAUCCAAGUCCACUCCAACACCCAAGCCCACGUCAUCUUCCAGUUCUUCCAGUUCAAGUGCACUAGUAUCCCAGAGUAGUCACUCCAGCAGCAAUUCCCUUCAUAAACAGCACAGUGGAGUAAAUGUCAGCAGGCAGUCUCCUACACUUAAUUUACUGCCCUCUAAUCGCACCUCAGGCCUUCAACCAGCAAAGAUCCCUCAGGCCCCUGCAAAAGUGUCCAGCUCUUCUGCCUCUGGAACUGUGGGCAAAAAUAAUUUGAGUGGAGUUGGAAUGAAUGUACCUGUCAACAGGGGCAGCAACCUUAAUACAGGUGGAGUUAACAGGACUAAUCUCUCUGGGGCAGCAGGAAGUGGAACACAGGGUGCUACUAAACAAUUGUCAGCUCCACAUAGACCAGCUUCUGCCUCAGGGUCUGCAGGUGUUACAGCCAGUGUGCAGUCAACAGCAGGUGCAUCGUUGCUGGCAAAUGCUUCCCCGUUGACUCUCAUGACACCAUCCCUGUCUGUAACCAAUCAGAAUGUGGCAUCUGCUCCAUUGACUCCUUUUGGGAUGCUGGGUAGCCUUGUUCCUGUGACCAUGCCCUUUCAGUUCCCAUUGGAGCUACUUGGCUUUGGAACAGACACAGCUGGAGUGACAAGCACCUCGGGAUCUACCUCAGCAGCUUUCCAUCACAGCCUGACUCAAAAUUUACUGAAGGGUUUACAGCCAGGAGCUCAGCACACAGCAACUCUGUCUCACACACCUCUGCCUGCUCACUUGCAACAAACAUAUACAGAUGGAGGCCAAAGUAAAGGGGACGCUAAGUUACAAAGGAAAACCCAGUGAGAUUCAGAUGAGCAAGGGGAUUAAAGUGGUUCUGCUUUGCUGAUGGAAACUAACCUGUUGGGAACAUGCUUAAAUGGACACAGAGCUGCUGUUUCUGUCAAUGUUUACAUAUUCUGAUCCCAAGCACUGUGGUGAGAGGAAGAAGAAGAAAAAAACUUGAUCAGAGAGAAGGAAAAGGAGGAAAGAUGUUCAUGUGAGAACUACUCAUAGUUUGAUCUCUCAUAAAGAACUCCCAAAGCCUUUAUCCUUUCUGAGUGGCUCAGAAAGGGUUACACAGAAAGGUUCAGUUGUCAAACCUACAGCAGCACAAAAAUCUUCUUUCAGGCUGAUAUCUGAAAAAGAGGAUCUGUGAAAGGAAGCUGAAAUAGACUUCUCCAUCCAUCAUGCAAGUGAGGCCAUCCCAUUCUGUUGGCAAAUGGGAUGUCCCAGGAAUGUCAACAGUAUAUACCAGUUAGGAACAUUAUGUACAGCUCUGAGUAACAUGGAAUGCAGAGCAGAAAAAGAGAUUGUUUAGAAACCGAAAGGAAGAAAAUGCUUUCUCCUUCAAAGUCAAUGCUACUUGUUCCCUGGGUUUUUUUUGAAGAGCUGAAGAUAAUGGUUUUCUUGUUCUGUGCAGAUUGUAGUCAUAGGUAGUGUUAUAGACACUGUAUAUAUGGUGUUAUAUAUAUAGUGUUAUUCCCCCCAUCAGUGCUAAUCAAAAUGAGAAAGGAAAACACUGGUGUGUUCUGUAACCUGUUUAAACUUCUUCUAAGUGGAGCUUACAUGGGAUAUUCUAACUUCAGGUAGUUAAAUAUAAAAUGGGAACUAAUUUGGCUUCAUCAGAGCAGAUCUUACUUUUACUAUCUUCUGAAGGAAGAUUUUCUUUUUGCCCUUAGAUGUGCUGUAUUACUAGAGAGUUGCUUUGUGUCUUUUUUGUUUGUUUUAAGAUUUUCACAAAAUCAAGAAACAUCCAGUUUUUAUUUCUAUGAAGAUAUUUUUGUCUCUGGUAAUCUCCUUCUCCUGAUAGCUCGAAAAAAGUCAAGCACUGUAUUGACCUUGCAGCUAACAAGAAAUACAUGUAGCUUGCUUCUGUG